GAUCGUGCAGAGAGCAUGCCGCAUGUUAUUUCUGUAGUCCAGCAGCGAGUUUUAGGGCAGGAGAACAGACCAGAAGCGAUUAUUGUAGAGGGGGAAGAAGACAACAGAUUAGCUUCAAGCAGCGGAAACGAAGUCGAUACUGCCAUGAACACAGAGAGAUUAGCUUCAAGAAGCAGAGGAUCAUCGUUCUCUUAUUCUCACAACGAGUGACCAAAUUUUACUAGGCGAUAUCAGCCGUCCGAUCAAGAAAGGACAGUCGAGAUUGAUGAGUUGAGCAACGGACGGUGGAUAGGUUGCUCCCGCGUUGGGGCCGGUCGAGAUUAAGGUUCUUAGUGGUGCUACAAAAGCUUAGCGCUGCUCCUCGCCGGCCGAGCGGCGAGGGAUUAUGGAUUCGUGCGAUCGAACUUGAGAGGGGCGAGCACGGAGAGAUGGGGCACUCGAACGUGUGGAACUCGCAUCCCAAGAAUUACGGCCCUGGGUCUCGGUGUUGCGGAAUUUGUGGGAAUCCUCAUGGACCGAUAAGGAAGCAUGGACUUAUGUGUUGCAGACAGUGCUUCUGCAGUAAUGCCAAAGAAAUUGGAUUCAUUAAGCUUCAUCCACCUGGAACAGUAUGUGCAUCAGACUCAUCAAGUCAUUAUUGGCAUUCUUGUCCAAGCCUCGGAUGUGAUGGUUUGCGUCACAACUUAUUUUUUUACCAAUUCAGCUUCAUCCAUCUGCCCAAUGAAUGAUUGAUUAGAGUAUUGAUUCUUGAUAAUUUGAUAUUUGAUGAUAUUCUGUAUAUGUUUUAAAUGAGUUUACAAAGUUGCACUGGACGAUAUGACAUGUUAUAUAAGAUGAUAUGAGCAGAAGAGGACUAUUCUUGACCUUACCAAGGGCACUAAAAGAUUAAUAUAUUGGUAGGUGAUUUCCUUUGCAAAUGAUUAUAA